AUGUCUAUGGACUUUAGUCAAAAACUUCAGGGUAUAAAGGAAUCUGAACAUGAACUUUCUUUAGUUUUUGGAUCCAGAUACACAUUGGGUAAAGCCUAUUUCAUAGGUUUUCAAAAGAAGUCUCUGAGCAAAUCUGAAAACUCUCUAAACUCCAUAGCAAAGCAGAGAGAAGAAGGAAGAAAGAAGAUAGCAAGGAAAGAAGGAUGGAAGAGAGGGCGUGAGAACACCUGUUUGUAAGUGACACAAAGGCAUUUACAGAAAUAAUUAUGUCCUCGGAUAAUGAAGAAACAUUCCAAGGUGAUUCUAAAUGGCAAUUUGCACUGUCAUUUUAAAAGAAUUUCUCGGCUAUUUGCUGGGCACUUUAUGGAAGGAGACACUGAGAGCUUCCAUGUUCUCAACCCACCGCCCACCCCGGGUUCCUGUCAGCACCCGUGA